AUGUCAUCUGUAUUUGAUAAGAUUUCACCUCGGCAUAAAUUGAAGCUAAUUAUGUGGCUUAUACUGUUGUUCAUCAUUGUCGGCGUAGUGGUUGUGGUGUUGAUAUUCACUAUUUCUAAAAUGCACUCUGUUUCUUCAUCAUCUUUGCAUGUUCCACUUCGUUUAGAGGGUCAUUUUCUGGUCAUCGAAGGACCGUUACUUAAGUUUGAUGGGAGAUUACUACUAAAGAAUUCUGAGCAAUUCACUAUACAUGCAAAUAAAAUACAGCGACAAUUGAAUGUUAUCUAUAGACAAAGUGAAUAUGAAUUAGUAUACAGUGGUUCGGAAGUGACACAAUUCAGAUUCGUACCAGCGAUCCCAGCACUUGAUGUCACUUUCAUAUUGAAAGUACGAUCUGAUGUAGACAUAGAUGUGAUUAACUUUCUUGAUGUUUUGAGAAAUUAUGUUAGAGCUCGAGGAUUUGAUGGAAACACCAUUGAUGACAAAAGUAUCAGCCUAGAAAUUAAACAUUUUCCAUGA